AUGAAGUGUCUAAUAUACCGCUGCGGAGUUUCAACUCUUCUGCUCGUUUUGUGCAGUUUUUCAGGUACUCACGGUGCAGUGGAUCCUCCCACGUGCGCUUCGUCGUACGGAUGCAUUUCUUCCAUCCGUCAGGAGGAUUGUGGCAAGGGUGAAAUUCUAAUCUCAGGAGGUUCACUUAACGGUUGCUGUCCCGGAUGCCGUGGAGGUCGAACGUAUCUGGCCGUGUGCAAUAUGAACAUUCCCGAUCGCCACUGCGCACCCGGAUUGAAAUGUGUCACUCGCAAGUGCAUCUACGAUCGCUCUACCUGUCUUCACACGAUGCACUUGGACACGGACCUAGUCGGUUGGAUCCCUAAAUGCAACCUCGACGGGACGUACGCCGCCAAACAGUGUCGAGGUGAUCGACUCUCUGGCCGGUGCUUUUGCUACAGCGAAGAUGGCAAGCGGAUUUUCGGUUGGGAUUGGUACCGGAACACCGAGCGAAUGACUUGCGAUUGCAGCAGACGCCGGGCGAAAUUGGAACGGGAAGGUCGUUACGAUGUGACCCUACACUGCACCCAGAACGGUAAUUACGAGGAAUUGCAGUGUGAUUCGGGACUGUGCUGGUGCGCAGACGAACUCACCGGUAACGUCCAGCUGGGGACAACCGUAGUCCACGAUAGCCUCUGGGAGUUGUUACCCUGCUAUAACAGUACCCUGCACGGUGAGACGUACUUGCGGCAGUGCGAGAGUGCCGCUCAGGCGCAGAAAAUGAUCCUCAAGAAGUUCAACACGCGCGGGACCGUUGGCGUCACCUUCAGCGAGAUCCCGUGCGACUACGACGGUGCUUAUGGGCUGUACAAGGUUGAGAAUGGAGUUGUCUACUGCACUUGGCGUGACGGAAAGAAGAUCGGCUCAUUUCAGAUACGCUCCAGUAUGCUCUCUUCGGUGAACUGCUAUUGUGCCCGCGAUACGAUCAUCUACCGGGAGGCAGGAAUGCCGUUCACCCUAGCCUGCGGUGGAAACGGGAACUACGAGUACUCCCAGGAUCAGAACGGGCAGCUGUUCUGUGUUGACGGCGAUGGGUUUGUGGUGACGACUGAGGUCGCGCCAAAUGAGUCAUGCGACAAGUUUAUCUACAACUCAGCCUUCUACAACGAGGACUGA